AUGAGAAAGAAGUCCUUCAAAGCCGCACGGUUUGACAAGAAGUACAAUAAGCCCGACCUACGACACCACUCAAACUUCAUGGAUCUGACCCAUGCCUCAGGUUUCCUGCUCGCCUGCUACUUCAUCCUCCGUGGCCGCCCUGAAAAUUUCUUUGUAAUGUUCGCGGUGAUGUGCUCUUCGUUCUGCAAGAUGAACAGUGGUACUUCCAAGAGAAGCAAGUGCAAUAGCAUUGGUUUCGAUGCUUUUCCAUCCGUCCAAGCAAGCAACAUGUUGCUCGAGAGGUCUGUCCUCUUGAUCUACUUGGUCACUGGACUUGGAGGCACCUGGUUCGUGGAGCAGCCAAACCAAUCGGUUCUCGAAUAUUACCCGACUUUCCGCAAGAUGCUUAUGGAUCUCUUCAAUGUUCGGGACGAGAUGCUGCAACUUGUAUACGACACCAAAUGGUGGAUGUGUCACUACGGAUCGGCGAGCCCCAAGAGACACUAUGCCUAUGCGAACACCGAGAAAAUAUACAUGCUGAACCAAGGGAAGCUCUACAUGAAAGUGUGGUCCAGGAUGGCCAGGAUGGCUGUAGCUUCCAAGCAAUGGAGCACCACGACUUUAGAUGCAGGGAUAGCUUCUGCGAGUACGGAAGCAGAGCUGGGGGUGCUGGAGGACGAGGAGGCACGCCUUCAACGAGAGCUCGAGGAGCUGGAGGCUGCUGGGUCGAACCCCGACCAUGCCGCUGCAACGACCCAGGAACUUGACUACGCUGGUUUGUCUACGGCUCCAACCACCGGUCCUGAAGAUGCCAUCGAUGUUGAUAUAGAUGAUGAGGAAGUGAACGCUUUCUUCGGUUCUAUGACAUUGACUGUUGUCAAAGCCGAGCCCGCUGGCGAGAGUCCUACAAAGGAAGUAGCCCAGCCCAUCGCGACCCCUGCCAGAGCACCUGCUGCGCUGGGCAACAUCAAAAUCGAAAGCAACCUGAAGCUCACCAAGGAACACACCCGCCAGGAGAAACUUCUCCUGGCCGCGAGAAGCAGGCUGAACAGGAUGAUGAAGCCGCACAAGAAGAAGACGGGUCUCGACGUGUUUAUGCAGAGGCUUGAGAAAAUCAUCACCAAGAAGGAGAAAUAUACAAUAAAGGUCGACGAGGGAUGGUUUUCGGUGGCUGAAAUGAAAGCGGAGUUGAAAUGGCAUAUCGACACCCUGCAGAGCUGGGUGGACAAGAUGGAGGAGCAGCACGAAGCGUGCCAGUUGGUUAUGAGCGAGGGUGAGGUGAACCCCAAUGCAGAGUUCAAGGCGAAGGCUGAAGCGCAGAUGAAGACGUGUAGCAAAGCCGUGGCGGCAGAGACGCGGAUCCGGACCGAGUGCUUGCUUGCUGUAUUGCUGUAUUGGGUGAAUGCCAAGAAGUACUUGGACAAGGAUGCAGGCCUGGCUGCAGCGCUGCAGCCAUGCCUGGUCCCAAAGCUGGGCUUGCUGCUCGUGGCUUUUCCGCGGAGAUCGGAGAAGGGGCCUGGACCUUGGGGUGAUCAGGUCGGCCUGGAUGUCGAAACGUACGGCUGGGCGGCGACACGAUUAACACAUCCCUUCGCCGAGGCUUCAUGCUCUUCGACUGUUCGUGCUGCACGACGAGUGGUUGCCGACAUCGGCGACAGGGCUGCUGCUUCUAGUGGGGGUCUGCUAGAGUUGUCCAAGUGCCGAGAAAAUGAUGCCGAGACAGACACCCACCGGCUCUUUGUCGAAAGGCUUCAUUUAAGCUUGGAGCCGUGGGUCCCUCUAUCUUCCUUGACCCACAAUGGCCGACGCUUGACUGUCCUGAGAUUACGCGAUUGGCUUCAGUUCUUAGUCGACAAGAGUUGUUGGCACAUCCUCACAGGCCUGGUUCGCAGGGACCCAGGCCGCGAGCGGGCGAUUCUCAAAGCAUUUUGGCAAAAGUUUCGCUGCACGCACGAGGACCAUCCGAUCUUCAGUAUGGAGAGAGCCGGCCUGCUCUCUCUGGAGCGCACAGCUCCUCUUCUUUAUCACGGCGACGAGGGACGGGGACGACGAAGGCUUACAACAAACAUUGCACAAACUUUCGUGGCUGGAUGGCCGAAGAAAGUGAUCGAAGCAGAGGGGGCGUUAGGCAUGCUGAUGCAGCACUGCAAAGACGAAAACGAUUUCGUUUUGCAUGAAGGUGUUGUUGAUCGAGACAGCGGCGAGAAAUUUCACGCUUGCAUCCUUGCUGUCUGUGGUGACUGGCAGUGGUUGGUUAAGUCUGGGAACCUUCAAAGAUCCUAUAACCACGUAGUCAAGGCUACAAAAGAGGCCGCGAAUCCCGAAGGCGUCUGCCACUUGUGUCGAGCAGGACAAAGGGGGUACAGUUUCGAGCACUUGGAUACGAGGGCCCCUGCCUGGCUAUCAACGUUUUUGCAGCAGGAUCCCUUUCUGGAUCCAAGAAGCCCGCUGGCAGACCUUCCUCAUGUGCCAGGUGCGGCUGCCACGAUCUUUAAGUUCGACGUAUGGCACACGUGCCAUCUUGGAAUUUGCAAGGCUCUGGCAGGUUCUGCCUUGGCUUUGCUUAGUGAAACCUUCCCUGGCCGAAGCAAGGAUGCACGCUUUGAAGCACUUUCGAGGCACUACUUGAACUGGUGCGCCCAGAAUCACCGCCAGGCUUUGUUGACGAGAAUUCUCAAAGAAACAAUUGGCUGGGACAAGAAUUCCAACUUCCCGAAGGCGAGUUGGUACAAGGGCUCGCUUUCCACCACGAUGUGUGAUUACAUCGAGUCAGUGACAAAAGAUGCAGAAUUUCAGGACGAGCUCUUGACAAAGUGUGGUGAAGCCGUGCAGGUUUUGAACCAGUUUAUUUCUGGACUUUAUCAAGGCGACGCAUUUCUAGAGCCUGCCACCGCGCGGAAUUUGGGGGAAAUCGGGCUACGCUUUCUUCGCAGGUACAGCUGGUGUGUCACACGGGCACAUGAAGAGAAAAGAUGUCUAUUUCUCCUACUUCCCAAAUUUCAUUGCCUCCAUCAUAUCGCCCUUCAGGAUCUCUUGAUCCCCUCCCAGACGGCUGCCUGGGUGGUCAACCCGAUCGUCCACUCCGUACAAUUGGCCGAGGACUAUAUCGGACGAAAUUCACGAACCAGUCGGCACACCCACCCGUCGACAACCACGCGGCGAGUUGCUGAAAGACAUUUGCAAGCUGCAUUCGCGAAAUACGUGGAAGCGCAAUACCUAGUUGCCGAAGGCGACAGCUAG